GUCGUUGUGUGACCAUGAGUUUCCAAGAUAAAGUAGUAAUUGUGACCGGCGCCAGUUCCGGCAUUGGAGCAGCCACUGCCAUCAAAUUUGCAGAAGAAGGAGCUAAGGUAGCCUUAGUAGGCAGGAACCAAGAAAAACUCAACAACGUCGCGAAGAAAUGCGGUAACCCGUUAAUUAUCGCUGCUGACGUAUCGAAAGAUGAAGACGCAAAAAGAGUUAUUGAAGAAACCUUGAGAUAUUUUGGAGGGAUCGAUGUUUUGGUAAACAAUGCUGGUAUAGUAAGUAGAACAAACAUUCAAGAUAACGGUGUUAUACCAGUUUAUGAUCGAAUAAUGUCUACAAACCUACGAGCAGUAGUUGUCCUCACUCACCUCGCUGCUCCACAUCUAGUAAAAACAAAAGGUAACAUUGUGAAUAUAUCAAGUGUUGCUGGGUAUCGCAUAUUUCAAGAAAGUUUUGCAUAUUGCACGUCAAAGGCUGGACUAGAUCACUUCACUAGAGCUGUAGCACUUGAACUAGCCCCACACGGUGUUCGCGUCAACGUGAUCAACCCCGGACCCGUUAAAACAGAUAUUAUUGAAAACAUGGGAGCAACAAAGGAAAUAGCAGAAGCAACUUUCGAUCGUAUGGGGAAAAUGACUGCACUCUCAAGAGUUUCAGAGUCUGACGAGGUAGCCGAUCUGAUUUUGUUUAUAGCCAGUGACAAAUCUAAGGCUAUCACAGGAUCAUCAAUAGUGACUGACAAUGGAACGAUGUUGAAAAGUAAUGACAUGUCCCCGUUAGAUAUAUAAGCGUUCAAAAGUCAAAGACGCUCUAUGAAUAAUAUUAUUAUGAAUAAACUUUCCAUUUCAAACUCUUAAAAAUGUUUAAUUGCUCAAAUUUUUAGACCACGACUAGCCGCAAUAAUUAUCAAAGUGGUUGUUACAUAUGAAUAAGGUUAUCAUAUAGAUAGCUCGAGGGUAGAGUUCAACACCUUGCAUGGCUGAAAUGGCGACUGGAAUUACAUAAUAUCUAGGAAAACAGUCACUUUUGUCUGUCUGGAUAGCAGCUAUGUAUUAGGUAAAUAAUGAAGAUCGUAAUUUGUAUGUUAUGAAGCAGAUGGUAAAUGCGUAUUGUAUUGUAUUUUUCUAUGUCAAAUAUGUAUGUAUUUUCGACAAAUAACCCACUGUGGACGGAAUUAUAAAUUGAGUGAACAUUAUAUAUAAAUAAUAUUUUGUAUACAAAUAAAA